CCUAAAUGCAUAGAAAUUCCCAAGCUGUAAUUUCAAUUAUUUUUCCCUGAAUGCGUUCAUUUUAAGGCUCGAGCUGUCGUGGAUGCCCUGGUCUAUAUCAGUGAUCGGUUUAUGAUAUUACUGUACACGCUGGAGCCCAUGUCAGGGCCUGGCCCGCGGAGGGCUUCUGCGCAUGCGCACCGGAGCAGCGCUAAUGGCGGAGAGCGUGCGGUCGCCGUUCGAUUACCGGGAUCCCCCGACCCUCGACAGCGACGGGGACGGCAGCAAGCCUCCGCCACCGCGCGGGCGUGUGUGUGGCAGGAAGAGGAAGGGGACGCCGGUGAAAGUGUGUGAACGAGUCGCGUAUGUGACGGAGGAUGAAGAGGAGAGUCUGUCUGAACACAGUUACAGCCCAGGGGACGAGCCGUACGCAGAGGGAACAGAGGACCGCCUUCCCCCGCCGGGGAGCCCGUACUUCCUCACCGACCCGUCACAGCUCUGUGUUCCUGAGCUCGGGGAAGAGGGAGCGAGUGGUGUUCGAGGUCCUGUGCUCUUCCACCCGCCGGCCAACUGCAGGAUUAGAGAGGUGCAUUGUGGGAAUCAGGUCCGGCUUGUCGUCAUAGCGAUUCGAGACAUUGCCAAAGGUGAGGAGAUCACCGUGGACUACAGCCUGAGCGACUGGGGGGACAACGGCUUGGGUUUUCACAGCUCAGUGUCUCCACGCGGCUUUGAGUGUGGAUUCAACCCAGAGGGAGACAUCAAGAAGGAGGAGGAUCCCAGUUCCCUCCCUCUCUCUCUCAAUGUUUCCGACUACCUCACUCCCUCAUGGUCUCUGUCUCCCUCCUCCUCUCCGGCAUCCCACUCUGAACCCAGCGACUCCGACCGCGAGGAUGAAGAAGAAGAGGAGGAAGAGGAAGAUGACGAUGACGACGACGACGAUGAAGAGCUAGAGGAGCUGAGGGGCCGAAUGAUGAGGCGGCGCAAGAAAAGAAAAACCUCAGCCAGUGUGAAGAAAAAGACUCAGCCCCGACCCCUUUCGUUUGCUAGCCCCGCCCCUUCCUCCGCCUCCCCCUUCCAGCAGCCUCUAGCCCCGCCCACCACCAACAUAAACAAUAACAUAAACAUAAACAUUGGGCACGGCACGAGUCGCAGACACUGUCCGUACUGUGGACGGCACUUCCGCUCGCUCGCGCGGCACCUGGAGAAACACCACGAUCAGCAGCCCGAGGUUCGAGCCGCCAUGGAGCUAUCGCUACUCCCCGCUAACGUUACGCCCGCCGACUCCUUCCUCUCUCCCGCUCAACCCUCGUCGUCGUCACUGGGAACGCCACUGUUUUCCCGAGAGCAAGAGCCUUUGUCUUCGCCAUCUAAACCUGCAGCCGUCUCCUUCUCGCUCUCGGUGUCUCCGCCUCCGAAUGCCACGAAGAAGAUGAACCCGAUGCCCACUAGGAAGGGCGUUAGCAAGAGCGUCUGCAAGAGCGCUGUAACGCACACGCCUCCUACCAGGAGGGGGCGUCCGCCGAAGAGAGAGAAGGAACUGCAGCAGAAGAAACAGGAGGAGAAGACCAAAGAGGAGGAGCAGCCCACACCUGGAAAAGAGGAGGAGAACGAGUUACACCUGACAGGAGACGGAGAAGAGAAGAACGGGGAAAUGACGAG